GCCCUCCGUCUAUUCUUCCGUCAGAAGACAUCAUUCUUUCUCGUUCCCUCUCCAACAUUAACGCUUUGUUUCCCUUUCUUGGCACCUGACAACAGUUCCGGACAACAUUUUGGGUGAAGUUUUUUUGCCGCUGGCUGGUUCGUCUUUGUUCUUCAUGGCUCCAACGGGUUUUUUUGUAUAUGUGAAAGACAAAUGCAUUGUUAUAGACAAUAUUGACUUGGACAUGUAUUUUACAAAGGAUUUGUAUUCGGAUGUCAUUGCAAAAGCUAAAGAACAAUGAUGAUGAAGAAAGUGAUUAUGAAGAUAGUGAGGAAGAGAGUGGUAACAGUGAAGAAGUUUCUUUAGAUGAAGAGUCACAUUCAGAGGAGGACUUUGAUGUUGGUGUAACCAGCACUGAAGACAUGAUGCUAUUUGGUGAUCCUGAAGAUGAGGAAGAGAGAGGGGGUCAGACAAUUGUGAACAAGAUGGCUAAGUUGUAUAAAACAGGGAGGCUAUGGGUAAGAGGUAGAGAUGGGAAGGUUGACCUAAAAGUGGGUGACGUAUUUAGUUGCAAAGCUGAUUUAUUGAGGAUCAUGAAGGAUUACUGUAUUCAGAAAGGGAUUUUUUUGAAGAAAAUAAAAAAUGACAAGAAAAAGUAUACUCAAGUUUGUAUGAAUAAUAAGUGUGCCUUUAGGAUCCAUGCCUCUAUUCUCAUUGAUGGACACUCCUGGAUGAUCAAAUCUUUUACUGAUGGACAUGUUUGUGCGGUGAAAGAGCAUCACAAGAGGGCCGGGGCAGCUUGGGUUGCAAGCCAUAUGCUCGAGGAGUUUAGAAGUAAUAGGGAAAUGAAUGCUACCACUGUCCAAAAGCGAAUGUUGACUAAAUUUAACACAUAUAUUCCUAAUUACACUUGCUGGAGGGCCUUGAAGCUCAUGAGGAAUAUGGUUGAAGGAAGAUACGAGGAUGGUUACAAACUUUUACCUCAAUACUUGGAGGUGUUUAAGGAUAGAAAUCCAGACUCUUCUUGCUUCAUAAGGUGGGAGGAAAUAGGUCCUGGUAGAAAUCCAAUUUUCAGAAGAUGCCAAAUCUGUAUUGGCUCAGCAAUCACAUCAUUUAAGCAGUUUUGUAGGCCAUUAAUUGGUAUCGAUGCAUGUCAUUUAAAGGGUCCUUACCAAGGUAUACUUUUAACUGCUAUGGCAUUGGAUGGGAAUAAUGGCCAAUUUCCAUAGGCAUAUGGUGUAGCAGAUCGCAAGGAUGAGACAGAGUGGUGUUUUUUCCUGAAUGGACUAGCAGAUGCCCUAGGAUGCCUUGAGGACGCAUCUAAAUACACUAUAAUAUCAGACAGGCAUCAGGCCAUAGUUACAGGGCUACACAAUGUUCUUCCAAAGGCUUCUAGAAGGAUAUGUGUGCUGCACUUUUAUAAGAACUUUGCCUCAAAGUUUUCAAGAGCAUGGUUCCGUUCUUUCUUCUACAUUGUGGCCAACACUUUCUCAGAAUAUGUCUUCAACAGAGCCAUGGACAAAAUUAAAGAGGAGGAUGCAGAAGCAUAUGAGUGGCUUAUGAAAAAUGAGCCACAUGAACAUUGGGCCAGGCAUAAAUUUAAUCCAAGCUUGAAGUGUGAAGAUAACACCAAUAACUUUGUGGAGUCCUUCAACAAGGCAAUUAUAGCACAUAGGGCCAAGCCAAUUCUGCAAAUGUUAGAGGAAAUCAGAAAACUAGUUGGGAAUAGAUUUGAAAAAAGAUUUGGAAUGGGUAGUAGCUGGUCUAGUGUAGUCACACCAUAUGUUGACAAAAAACUUAGGGAGAUUUCAAUGGAGUCCCGAGUUUGUUUAGAGGUUGUUGCAGCAGGAAGGGGAGAAUUUGAUGUACUAGAUGGGACCACAAACUUCACAGUAAGACUGAGAGACCAUAGUUGUGAUUGUAACAAGUGGCAAGUGUCCGGCCUUCCCUGUAAGCAUGCCGCAAGAUGUAUCCUUAGAAUUAAUGAGAACUUAGAAGAUUAUUGUUCACCUUUGUUUUCAGUAGGUAAUUACAGGGCCUUAUAUGAUGGCAUCAUACACCCUAUCCCAGAUCCAUGCAUGUGGGGGCAGAGUGAACUUCCAAAACUGGACCCUCCCAAGAACAUGAAAAAGAAAGGAAGACCAAAGAAGCAUCGAAGAAGAGAUGGACUUGAUGAUGUUAUUGCAAAGGAGCAUAAAAGGAUACCUCAUGGGACAAAGCGUUGCAGCAAAUGCAAACAGGCGGGACAUAAUCACAGGACUUGUGGCCAAGGCAGAGAUGAAGAAGGAAGACUAUUGAAGAAAAAUAAGAUAAAGAAAAAAGCAUCACCAAAGGCCUAGUAGUAUUGCAGCAGUGGAUAUGUUUAAAAAAAUGUUCUUACCAUUUUGUAUUGUUAAAAAAAUGUUCUACCAUUUUGUAUUGUUAAAAAAAUUUUCUACCAUUUUGUUAAGGCACUAGUGGCCAAGGUAGAUAUGUUUACGGAAUGAGCAUUGUGCUCUUUUUCAUUUUGUUGUUUGUCAUUCUGCUGUUUUUUCGGUUGCAAGCAAUAUGUUUGAGGAGCUUAGACACUUGCUGUAGUUUUUAAACCUCAAUGAAUGACCAAUGUGCUG